AUGGCUUCAAGUACAAAUGAAAUAGUCCACGAAUUCCUUCCCAUGAUUCGAGUCUACAAAGAUGGUCGAGUUGAAAGACUGGUGGGCAACGACGUCGUCCCGGCAUCAGUGGAUCCUAACACCGGAGUUCAAUCAAAAGACAUCAUAAUCUCACCGGAAAUCGGUGUAGGUGCUCGGCUUUUUCUGCCCAAAAACGCCGAUCCACACCGGAAACUUCCUCUCGUGGUUUACUUUCACGGCGGUGGCUUUGUCAUUGAAAGCGCUUUCUCUCCGACGUUCUAUAAUUAUCUCAAUUCACUAGUAGCAGAAGCAAAUGUCGUGGUAGUGGCUGUCGAUUACAGGCUAGCCCCGGAGCACCCUCUUCCUAUAGCUUAUGAAGAUUCAUGGGUCGGCCUCAAGUGGGUUGCUUCCCAUGUCAAAGGAGAUGGCCAGGAGUCAUGGCUGAAGGACUAUGUUGAUUUUGAACGUGUGUUUUUUGGAGGAGACAGUGCAGGUGGGAACAUAGCACACAACAUGGCCAUGCGGGUCGGGUCAGAGAAAUUUGACGGUAUCAGUAUUGUUGGGUUGUUUUUAAUCCACCCAUUCUUUUGGGGUGAAGAACCAAUUGGUAAUGAAUGUGCUGAUAUCAAAAUUGCUGCCAAAGCUUACGCUGAUAACUUGUGGCGUUUUGUGAACCCAUCGACAGUUGGGUCCAAUGACCCAUUUUUAAAUCCGGCUACUAACCCGAAUCUUUCAAGCCUAGGGUGCACUAGGGUCUGGUUUUUGUUGCUGAGGAAGACUUGGUGA